GAAAAUGGAAAACGAGGAAUAACAUUCAAGACUUUGUAACAAACGUGGCCAGCUUAACAAGAAUUUCUUUUUUUGCAUUUGUUUUUUGUUAUAAACACUUUCUGUUUCAGAUUCACUCGUUUUUACGCUUGCUUUGUCAUAUCUUCUAGUUACACAAUCAAACCCUCAUGUAUAUUUAUUCACAUUCAACUUUUCUUCGUUCAACAAAAUCAAACCAAACAAGACUCUAAUUCAUUUCAUUUCAUCUCCACCCUCGAGGAAAAAGUUAUCACCACAUCAGAGAUAUGACAAUUGGAUUCAUGGAGGUUCAUCUUCUCAAAGCAAAGGGUCUCCAAGAAUCUGAUAUCUUUGCUCGCAUGGAUCCGUAUGUCAUGUUACAAUACAAAAAUCAAGAGAAAAAGAGCAACGUUGUUCAUGAGGGAGGUAGCAAUCUUGAAUGGAAUGAGAAAUUUGUAUUCAGAGUAGAAUACCCCGGAUCAGGUGACCAAUACAAGCUCAACCUUAAAAUCAUGGACAGAGAUGUUUUUACUGCCGAUGAUUUUGUCGGCCAGGCCAUAAUCUAUGUAAAAGAUUUAUUAGCGGAAGGAGUUGAGAAAGGAUCGGCUAUACUUCGUCCUCGCAAGUAUAGUGUCGUUCGAGCGGACAAUUCUUAUUGCGGUGAGAUUGAAGUUGGUAUAAAUUUCACUAGAAAGGAAGAGGAUAGUACUGACGGCGAAUACGGAGGAUGGAAGGAUAGUGAGUAUUAGUUCAUUGUGCAUCUGAGGUAGGAUUUGGAAUGGAAGAUGAAGAUGAAGAUGAAGAUGAAGACAACUUAGUACUUUCUGUAUACAUUUGAAUUAAUGUGUAUAGAAAUGAUGAAAGCACUUGAAAUUUAAUUGAGAUUGUUUUUAAUGAGUUUCUUCAUACAAUGUGUAAUCAUGAAAUGAAUUAAUCAUAUGAGCAUUAUUGAAGUUUUGGAUUUA